UCUAAACCAUAAUCUGCCUUUGAUGUCACCCUUACCGAUAUACGAACCACAGUAUUUUGGACAAGAACCAAUAGAAACUGAAAACGAUGGUGAUAUGCGGAAUGUUUAUUUCGGGAGACAGAAUGAAGAAGAGCCAGUAAGGAUAGAAAAUGAUGAAAAUAUACCAAUUAAUGUUCACUUCAGGAGACCGAAUGAAGAAGUUGAAAAUAUGAGAGAAAUCAUUGUCUGCGUCGCAUGUUUGAACGAGGAAUCGAAUGUGGUAUUACGGCCAUGUAAUCAUACAUGUUUAUGUGGUGCAUGCUAUGAAGGAUUAACUAGAUUGGUUUGCCCACUAUGCCGAGAACCUAUAAGAGAGAUAGUUGUCUUUUUAAGCUAAAUUCCAAACAAAUUUUGUUUUUAUUUUAUUUAAAUAAAUAAUACUUUUGUGACAGUAAAACAUUUUUAUUCUUUAAAUGAUGCAGCACAUUUUAAACUUUAAUAGUGCAAUAACAUUUGUUGAUGACUUUGAUUAUAAAAAAUACUAUAUAUAUAUAAAUAUACAUAUAUAUUUUUGGGCCAAGUACACAUAUUUUGACUUUACCCCAUUUUUUUUGUAAGCUUUUCGUUGUCAUGAUUACUAUUAUCACCAGUGGCGCCGAAGUCCAUGCUGAUGCAUGCCGGCCGGCCAUAUUUUAUUUACUUCAUAACUUUAUUAUGAGCAUGAGUAUAUUUAAACCGUGAUUAUG